UCGCCCCUGCUCCCCUUGCCAGCACGAGCGCCGACUCCGCCUGCUGUCCCCCGCCCGCCGCGGCUGCCGGCUGCCGGGAGUCCCGGGCUGUCGUGCGCUUGGGCUCCAGACUUGGGUAGUUCAGCGAGGCCGUGGACCUGCGUCUGCCCCGCUGGGCAGCCCGGUCCCCCACCGAGUUGUUCUCUAAGCAGGACCAGUAUCUUUGGCUUUGUGAGGCCCCAGACCGGACACCAGUCUCUCCAGAAUGAAGGUCUUCCUGCCCAUGCUGCUGGCUGCCCUGCUGGGUGUGGAGCAAGCCCAUUCCCUGGUGUGCUUCUCGUGCACGAACCAGAACAGUAACUUCUACUGCCUGAAGCCGACUGUCUGCGCGGACUCGGACAGCUACUGCGUCACAGUGUCCGCCUCUGCCGGCCUCGGGAAACUGGUGGACUUCGGCCACACCCUGAACAAGGGCUGCUCCCCGAUCUGCCCCAGCCCCAGCAUCAACCUGGGCGUGGCGUCCGUCGGCACCUAUUGCUGCCAGAGCUUCCUAUGCAACCUCAGCACGGCCGGCCGGGGGCUGCAAGCCAGCACCACAGUGCUGGGCCUCGGGCUCCUGCUCAGCCUGCUGUCCACCCUGCAGCGGCUCGGACCCUGACCGCUGGGGCCCAGCAGCUGGCCCAGACUCCCCCAGCUCAGGAAGGAAGGCCCGCCCCCCCGCCAACCCCCGAAACGACAUGGAAGCCCCUUGCUCCAUCCCAGUGCUCCCCGCUGUCAGUGCCCACGGUCAGGCCUGCCCCCUGCGCCCCCAUCUCCCCUCCGAGGCGGCCCCUGACCUCACUUCUCAGGCGGGGAUGUGACCUCCUCAGGGAACCUGGGAAGGGCUGAGGGCCAGAGGCCCAGGGUCCUGGAGUCAGAACUGAGUCCUGGGGACACCCUGGGAGGGGCACGGGCACCCCAGGCUCUGCUCCGUCUGUCCCCAGGUGGGGUGGGAGAUGUGCUUUGUGCUGCUGCGUCCCAGGGGGACCAGCGUGCUGUUGUCAGAGGUGAUCGCAUCCCCUCAGCUGUGUGGACGGGGGUGCACCCCCAUGCAUGCGUGGAGUGUGCGGCCCUGUCAGAGCCGGCGCAUGGUGGGGGGUGGAGACCGGAGUCCAACCUUGGCAGCGGCUGAGCCACUUGAGCCCCAACAACAAAGCUGCUUCUCUCUGGCCUUUCUGCAUCCCACAUUCACCCACUUUAACGGUGGCCUUUUGGAAGAAGACGGGCUUCCAGUGCAUCUGGGUUUAGGCUGCUGGACCCAGGAAUCAGCCCCCCCCCCGAGCUGCGGUCCCCCCCACCCCCACAUUGGAGUCGGCCUGCUGCUUUGGUGCCUCAAAUAAACACAUGUUCUCCACCUUUCA